AUGGUUAUUAAGCCAGUUUCGGUGAAGACUGAGCCCCCAGGCUGUCUGUAAGUAAUUCAGCAGUUAGGCAAAGAUCUUCAGUGAUACUAUCUUUUCAGAGUUGAUGAAAAUGGCUUUGGAGAAGCGAGAACCCAUGUUUGCUCCCUCAGAGAGAAAAGUUGUAUGAUGUUUUCAAGUCUCCUUUAGCACCAGAGUGUCCUUACAGAAGCCAUGUCAACUCUGAGCGACUAAUGUAGAAUGAUGGGUUUCAUGAGUUGUGCUGCUCACUGAAAAACAAGACAGUCUGUAAUGUUAAACUUAACAGAAAGCAAAUGAAAAACAAUAGCAGAGACAGUGCUCUUGAAAGUGUAUGUUGAAAGAAGCUGGACACUUCCUCCUCUUCGUCCUGAAAAGAUUACAUCUGGAACAGCCCCUCAGCUGGAUGACAGUAUAGGGCAAGGUCUGCCACAGCCUCAGGGAACUGGAACACCCAGGUACAAGCUAAACAUCCUAAUUACUGAUUUGUAGCGCAGGUUUCUGCCAGUGAAUCAGUCUGCUAGUGGAGACAAACUAGGAACUGAGGCAGAGGACACAAGCAAGGCAGUCAAUACAGAGCCCCAAGAUGUUGUGCCUCCUCAUGCUGCUCUGCUCUCAAGCAAUUGCCUUUUCAGCAGGAUUCACAACAACACCCUCCACUCUGAACUCAGAUGAAAGCCAGUUCAGGAAGACUCGUAACCCUGAAUCCCUUAUGAAUGUUAGUGAAAUUAUCAGAUAUCAUGGAUACCCCAGUGAGAAACACGAAGUUACUACAGAGGAUGGGUACAUCCUUAGUGUUUUCAGAAUUCCUGCUGGGAGGAACAGCCGAAAUACAGGGCAAAAGCCUGUAGUCUUCCUACAACAUGCUCUUCUAGGAGAUGCUACACACUGGAUUUCUAACCUGCCCAACAACAGCUUGGGCUUCCUCCUCGCAGAUGCUGGCUAUGAUGUCUGGAUGGGAAACAGCCGAGGGAAUACUUGGUCUUUAAAACACAAGACCCUUAAUCCCAGCCAGAAAGAGUUCUGGCAGUUCAGCUUCGAUGAAAUGGGUAAAUAUGACAUUCCAGCAGAGCUGUACUUCAUCAUGAAUAAAACUGGACAGAAGGAUGUAUAUUAUGUCGGUCACUCUGAAGGCGCAGCAUCAGGCUUCAUAGCAUUUUCUACAUACCCUGAGCUGGCUAAAAAGGUGAAAAUAUUCUGUGCUCUGGGCCCAGUAACCUCAUGUUCACAUGCUACAAGCCCUCUGGUUAAGAUAACAAAUCUUCCUGAACCACUGAUGUGGUUACUAUUCGGUUGCAAAGGAACCAUGCACCAGGUUGGUUUUCUGAGAGGACCUGUGACACAGAUGUGUGCAAGCCUGGAUAAGUUUUGUGGCCACAUACUCUGUUAUGUAGCGGGAGGUAGCAUAAAAAAUUUGAACACGAGUCGAAUAGAUACAUACGUAGGACAUUCUCCUGCUGGAACAUCAGCACAGGACUUUAUCCAUUGGCGUCAGAUAAGACUUGCAGGCCAAUUGCAAGCUUAUGACUAUGGCUCUAAGGAAAAUAUGAAGAAGUACAACCAGUCUUCUCCUCCUGUGUACAAGAUAGAGGAAAUAAACACCCCAAUUGCUGUCUGGAGUGGUGGACAGGACAAAUUUGCAGAUCCAAAAGACAUAGCAAAGCUGCUCCCUCAGAUUAAAAAUCUCCUUUAUCACGAGCAUUUUCCUUCUUGGGGUCAUCUUGAUUUCAUCUGGGGCCUUGAAGCAACUGACAAAAUGUAUCGGAAAAUCAUUGAACUAAUGACAAAAUAUUGAAACCACAUGCGCAUGAUUCACUCAGCAGAAAUCUCCAGAAUUUCUGUUUUGCAAUAAUGGUAAAACCUGGGGAAGAGGUAAACACAGAGACACACAUAGUGGAUAGCAGUAUUUACCUGCACUUGUUUCUUGCAUUCCUCAUAGUUUGAGGGUUUUUAUGGUGUUACUGUGACUGCUGUCUUCCUGAGAAGUUUGAGGUGUAUAGGAAUGAAAACUGAAAACAUAAAUAUACUUGAGCACGCGCUGCAGGGAUCACUGAAGUUGGACAAUUUUUAUUUCUACAAGACUGCAAGACUGAGUUUCCUAAGGCUAAACUCUGUUGGUCCCAUGUGUACCUUAUGUACCCCACAGAGCCAUUUCCACGCCCAAUUUGUAUUUUCCCAUGAAGACCAAAAUGUGGGAUUUGUUCAUUUGUUUGUUGAAGUACAAGUGACCUUUGCUUUAAUUAAAUCGUUUAUCUACUUGGCAUAAAACCUGGGUUUUUUUUUUUACUUCUUUUUCCUUCCUCACAUUUACUUACAGUAUCGACACAGUCAAGAGAUCUUGAGACACAGGUAACUGAUCAG